UCAUUCUCCUCUGCCCCUCCAACCCUCCCUGCCUCGUUCCCCCCAAAUCCCGCGGGUUAGGGUUUCUCGGCUCGGCAAUGGCGGGGAUGGGAGGAGAGGGAAGGGUUGAUCUCCUCGUCGAGAUCAUCAUCCGCGAUGGCGCCGCCGCCGGGCCGUACCGCCUUAUCCAUCGGUGGGAGUCGUGCGCCCCGCAACCUGCGGGCGGGCGGGCGGGCGGGCGCUAGUGGCUUCGAGCGGCGCCACGGCCUCGCUGCCGGCGCGGGAAGACCCGGGGCUUCCCUCCACCUCGUCCCCUCCGGAGGUGGAAAAGCUACUGCUCCAUUUUGUGAAGGGUGGUGAGUCUAUCCGCUCGAUCCCGCUCGUCCGCUGCAGCCCUCAGCAGGGAAGCGGAGAUCUCAAGUCAACUGAUGGAAAUCUGUAUGUAAAUCUCGAGAUCUAUCCAGAAGAAGCUGGCACAAAUCUUCGCCUGUACGAGCUCGGCAAAGGUCAAUGAGUAUUAGGAAUUCCACAUGGUUGCUUUUGUGGCUUGAUUGUUGGCCUCACCGCCUGAUUUCAAUGCCCAUGAUUUCGGUGAUGUGGCGUUUAUUGAUCAAGUGGUGUCUCUCAAAACUAUUUGAUGUUUCGUUCGCACUGAAUUUUCCUAUUAGCAGCACCCGACGUUUAUGUGACUCAUAAUAUUGUGAUAGCCUGGUUUACAUCUAGGAAUUUCACAUGUUUUCAUUGUUAUGUGGCUUGGAUGUUUGCCUCACCGCCUGAUUUCAGUGCCCAUGAUUAUGGUGAUGUGUCAUUUGUCAAAUUAACUAGUGCCCAUUUUGUUGUUUAUGAACCUCUAUAUAUGAUUCAGUUGUCAUUCACAAAAUCCGUUAGAGGUUUUGAUUUCUCCAUACCAUAUGCAUAGGUAGGCUUCGUCGAAUAAAAUUAAGCAUAAGCUAGCAUAUUCAUGGAUCCGCUGGUUUGUGUGUGUUGCACUCUGAACUAAUUUGUAAUGUCAGGAUGACUACCGGUUUUUUCCCGGUGUUCCUUUUCCUAGUUACAUGCUGUUUUACCUAAACCAUGUAGGUUCAGAAAUCACUUGGAAAUCUACAGGAUUUUACUUCAUGGGUUCAAUCUCUAUUGGUCUUGGUUCAGAAAAAGAUUCCUCAAUGGUGGAUCGCAUGUGUAACUCUCCUGAACAGCUGUUUGGGAAAGAACCAGCUUACUUUCAUGGCAAGUAUUGUGAUGAAAUACAAUUUGCGCCUCUGAAAAUAAAUUUCGAGGAGGACUUUGCUCAUGACAAGGAGCUUGGCAAAGGAGCAGAGGGGAAGGUUUUAUGGUGUUUGUCAAACAUCAUCCUUUACUAUUCAGCUGUAAAGAAAACUUAUGUUUUUUUUAUUGCAGGAUGAUGUAAAUGAAAAAAUAAACAGUGCUUUCUGCCCUCAGAGAGUAACAGCAUUCAACCCAUUUUUCGAGUACAUAAAGUCUGUUGCCUUCCCCUGGUUUGGAAACUUGGAGGUUGUUCGGAAGGAAGGGAAUGAUAGUAACAAGAUAUUUUCAAGCAUGGAGGAACUUAUUGUUGAUUGUGAAAGUGGAUAUCUUGAUUCUACUGAUGUUAAGCUGGCUCUCCAAAAAGCAAUAAACGGCAUAUUAGAGCUUGUGGGAGAGUUUUUCCGUAGCAGCACUGAUGCUCAAGCUGUAAUAACUUCCCACAAGUUUCAGGAUGAAAUUACUGCAGACAUGCAGAAAAUUCUGAUGCAGAACAAAGACUUGGUCAAUCUUUGAGACUACUACUGGACAAGGAGGAAAAGUGAUGUGUUCCUGUUGGCGAAAUAAAUGGAGAUUUAUUAUGCUAGUGAAAGCAUCUUGAACUCUUUGGUAUUACUGUAAAUUAUUUGCUAUGUUAUUAGGCUGAUGGAUUUCUGGUUUUGUGGAUUUGAAUCUGUAAAUUAGAUUGAGUAGUUCGCUGUUAUCUUUUCUGGUUGUACUUAUUAGCUCCUAUCUGUUGCAAACUGAACUUUACGUC